AACCAGUGGGCUCGUAUAUCUUCGUUGUGGGUGAGGAAAUCGCAAAAACAAUGCAAAGCACGAUGGUAUGAAUGGUUAGAUCCUAGUAUUAAGAAGACGGAAUGGUCCAAAGAAGAAGACGAAAAAUUACUGCAUUUGGCUAAACUUAUGCCGACACAAUGGCGCACGAUCGCUCCUAUUGUUGGUCGUACUCCUUCGCAAUGUCUCGAGAGGUACCAAAAGCUUCUCGAUGAAGCAGAAGCGAAGGAAGGUGCCGAUUUGGGUUUAACGGGACCGUCUGGUGACGUGGGUCCAAGUGCCGACGAUGUAAGAAGGUUACGACCUGGUGAAAUAGAUCCGGAUCCGGAAACAAAACCCGCAAGACCUGAUCCUGUAGAUAUGGAUGAAGACGAAAAGGAAAUGCUUUCAGAGGCUCGUGCUCGCUUGGCAAAUACACAAGGUAAAAAGGCCAAGCGUAAAGCUAGGGAAAAACAGUUGGAAGAAGCGCGGCGAUUGGCCUCGCUGCAAAAGAGGAGAGAAUUGAAAGCGGCAGGCAUCGAACUGAAGACGAAGAAAAAGAAGAAAGGAAUGGAUUAUAAGGCCGAUAUACCCUUUGAAAAGAGACCAGCUCUUGGGUUUUACGAUACUUCUGCAGAGAGAAAUCGUCCUGCUGAAUCAGCAAUGACAAAUGUUGCAUUACAAAAGUUGGAACUUAAUAAAAUCAAGCAAGCCGAACAAAUAAGCAAACGGAGGAAAUUUGUCUUGCCAGCUCCUCAAGUUGGAGAAGAUGAAUUGGAACAGAUUGUUAAAAUUGGUUUUGCUGGUGAAACCGCAAAAGCUGUUGUUGGUGAAAAUGAAGGCUCAACAUCACUUGGCCACUACACACCUGCAACAACGUUACCACUGCGAACACCGAGAACUGUAAGGACUGGUGGUGCGCCAACAACACCGAAAACACCAGGCACAGUCAUGACACUCAGAACACCUUCCCGUACGCCUGGGCCAGCAAGCGCUGCAGCUAUCAAACAACUAAAGACGGGAUUAGGACGCGGACGACAUGCAAGGCGUCGAGGAGGUGCUAGUGAUCGAGACCGUAAAUUGAGGGAACUGCAAGCUGCCGAAGAACGAGCUCGUCUUGCACGAAGAUCUCAGGCCGUGCGCAACCUCCCGCGACCUGCUACUGUCAACUCACGUACCUUAUGGGAGAUAUCUACUAACGAAUCAGCAGGAAUGAAUGAUAUAGAAUUAAUGAUAUGUGGGGAAAUGAGCAGGUUAUUAAGCCAUGAUCUUAUCAAGUAUCCAGUGGCCGGUAGCAAAAUUACAGGCAGUGACUCAGCCCCGCCGAUAGAAGAAUUUCCGGAUGAGCUAAUGGCAAUUGCAAGACAAACAAUUAAUGACGAAUAUCAAUCAUUAAUUCAAAAUAACGGAUCUGACACACAAGAUCGGCUUCUGCCUUCUGACACAGAAUUGCAGGCUACGUGGACCAAAGUGUAUGAUGAUAUAAAUAAUGAAGAUAAUACAAUAGAGAAAUUGCAGUAUAUACACGAGAUGAAUAAGAAUAAUAUGCUUAAAUAUGCCCAAAGAGCAAGCAAAUUGGAAAAGAAUCUUGAUGUAACUCUGGGCGGUUAUAAGGCCCGUUCCCAAGCUCUAUCUAAAAAACUGCUCGAAACUUUUGACGAACUGCAGCAAUCAAAGAUUGAAUUGGAUUCUUUCAAAUCUUUAAAUAUUGUAGAAGGGGAUGCCAUGCCUAGACGCAUAGCGGGUCUACAAAAGGAAGUAGAAGAUCUCGCAAAACGAGAACGUGAGUUGCAAGAACGAUAUGCAAAACUGUCAGCUGAAAAGGAGGAUGCAAUUCAAAGGGUCAAUGCACUGCGUGCUUCAUCCAGUUCGGGUAGUUAG